CACUGGGGCAGGGGGGGCACUUCUCUCUCCCCAACCGCUUCUCUCACCCCCAGGUUUGGACGUAGCGCGCAAUGCUGACCCUCAAGGUGAUCCUGGCCCUGCUGCUCCUUACAGGAGCCCAGGCCCGCUACUUCUGGCAGCAUGACGAUCCCCAGCAGACCCGGCUGGAACGCCUGCAGGACCUGGGCCAGGUUUACCUAGAGUCUGCCAAGACGGCAGUCAAGCAAGCUGCAGCCCAGUUUGACUCCUCCACUGUGGGCCAGGAGCUGAACAUGAACCUCAGGGAGAAACUGGAAACCGCAUUAAUUGUAACGCAAGAGAUCAAGGGACAGAUAACCCCUGAAUGGCAAGAAAUAAAAACUGAUCUGGAGACCGCCUGGCAGAACCUGAAGGAAGAGAUGACCAAAGAUGUGGACAGUGUAAAGGCCCAGAUCCAGCCCCUGCUGCGCAGGCUCAGGGAGAACAUGCAGCAGGAAAUAGUUAAGUGCUUGCGAGAGGUGAAGUCCGUCUCCCAGGAGCUGCAUCAGAUUGCCCAAGAGAAACUGACGCCCGUGGCAGCGGGCUUCCGGGACAAGGUCCGGACCCAUGUGGACGAUUUCCGCAAGGACGCAGCCCCGUACGCCAAGCAGCUCGAACAGCUGUUCCACCAGAAGCUGGAGUGGCUGCAGCAGAGAGGUCUCUCCGAGCUCACCCAGUUACAGACUGACUUGCAGCAGCAAGUGAGCGACGUGCGAGAGAAAUAUGGCCCUGUCUGGCAGAAGGCGCGGGAGGAACUGAGCUCCUGGGUAGAGGCCACGAAGUCUAACUGGGCGAGCCUUUUCGUGGUAGUCAAGGCUCCGGAGCAGGAAGCGGAGCAGCAGAGCUCCUAGGGGCCCCUGCUUCAGCGGCUGAACCAGCACUGCUUCCCUUCCACCCUGCGCAGGUCCUGGUGACCAGUCCGAGGCCCAGCCACCGUGAGAGCAGCAGCGGCUGGGCACUUCUUUUCCAAGGCUGUGGAAGGCCAGACACACACCACGCCCCCCAACAGGGAGGGUCUGGCCGCAAGGCUCAUGUCCCCUGCCUAGUCUUUUUUCUCUUCUUCUCUUUUGCCAAAUAAAAAAUGAUGGCGUCUGAA